UAGGAGGAACUACAUGUGUAUUGUUGGUCCUAUUCUCACGACAGCUUGUUGUGCUUAAACAAUUCCAGAAUAAACAACUUUAUUUGGUUACAGUGAUGUUUGUCCUCAAGUUCGGUGUCCUUCUCGCACUAAUAGGAAAAGGGAGUGCACUUUGUGCACAUACAUCUUGGUGGGACAGCUUUAAUUCCCCUGGUCAAUCGAAAUGCAAUGAGGCUAACUUCUAUAUAAAUGGUCUGAGCAGAAACGAGUACAAGAAAGACGAUCAGUUAACUUAUUUAGAAGGCGUACAAUGCUGCAGUGCCCCAUCUCAGUGGUCCAACGGUGAGCUUCAAGUUGUGUACGCUGACUGGGUACCUACAUUGUAUUAUAAAUAUAACGCAUGGGCUAAUUGCCCUACGGGAUUCUUUCUUCAGGGUUUACUGCGAACAGAUUCAGGAUGGCCCUGGUACGCAGGCUACUUAUAUCAUAUUGAAACUGCAAGGUGCUCUAAACCAGCCGAACACCCUUUCUAUUAUGGCGACUGUUAUAGUCAGGACAUCAAUUUUAACGAGAACGGUUUAUUUUCUUGCAACGAAGGUUACUAUGUAAAAGGCCUAUAUAAAGGUAACUGUGACUACCUUCAUUGUAUAGAUAAACUCUAUUGUUGUAAGAUGGCGGACAAACCAGAGAUGAUAGACGAUGUCGAUAAACUGAAGACGAAGAUUAUGGACACAACAUUGACGAACUUGGCCAAUCUGGCGGACAAACUGGGCUACGGCUAUUGCUACGGUACCAAAGGCGUCAACGUAGGUGAAGAUUUUAGGAGAGAGCACGAUUCCUGGGUGGCUAACACAGAGUACUAUUGUAAAGGGGACAAGUGUGAUAAAAGACUCGCCAUUGAUUACAGAAAUUGGAAUUUAGCUGUAAAGGAAAUUAAAUAUGGACAAAAGGUUAUUGAUAAAUUAAAUACAGAAAAUAUAGAAAGUGGCCAAAAAGAAAACCACCUGAAUACUAGCUCUACGGUAGCAGUUGAGCGUUCAUAUGCAGUCAUGGAUACAAUUGAACAUUCAAUGACCAGCAGUUGGAAGACUAGCCUAGAAUUAUCGUUUUCAUUUGAGUUAGGGGUAAAAGAUAUAGGCAAAGCAUCAAGCACAUUUAAAGUAGCUUUUGAGUAUUCCCAAUCGACUACAAAGAAAAACAGCCAAACGACGUCACAUAGUUUAAAAACGACUUCGACCCAAACCAUCCCUCCUCACUCAGCUGCAGAGUACACAAUUAAGAUGAGCAAAACCAGAACAACAAUUCCUUAUACGGCUGUCAUCAUUGCCAAGUUCAGCGUGGGACUUAGGGGAUUCUUAAGAUUUGGGCAAGGCUUCAGUAGCCCAACAACUAAUUAUCAUUUUCAUCAUAAGGGAAGCGAUGAGGAGCAGAGCGUACCGUACACUUUCGGAUCUCAGUCGGAAGCUUUCUACACAGCACUUAAACGCGAGAGCGAAACACAGUCGAAACCUUGGCUGUGGAAUGAUAUGUUUAAAAAUCACCCUUCUGUACGUCACGUGAUCAACAAACUGACGAAUGAGAGUCAGUAUGAGUUCACACUAAAUGGAAAGCUGGAGCACGUUGCUGGCACCAAGAUCGAUAUUACGUGGAAGAAAGUGGAACUAAAGGAUUUGAAUCGGCGAUCAGUUCUUGACGAAAGCAAAGCCGACACCCCAGGCCCUAAUAACAUGACUAUCUUCGCUACUGUAGGCCCGAAGGACAAGCCCGUUGAUGUCGAAUAUCCCGAAGUACACCUAGGAAACGCGGAUCAAGUUAAACUAGAAACUGGUCCAGUGAAUCAAGACUCCUCAUAAGCUAAAUACUGACUGUGGUUAAUCGAUUUUUUUUUAAAUUUCAAAUGCUUUGCUUUGCAUGUCUUAGUUUUCUUAAAAUUAUAUUUGCGUAUUGAUUACACUUUUUAUUUAUUAAUUAUCUAAAUGCAUAUACAACCCAGAUUUGUUAAUUAAAUAUGGUAUACCGUUAAGAAAAAAAUAAUUGUUUUAAAGCUAAUUCCUACUAAGAGAUUACUUUGUGUUCACUGUGUAUUUAGAAAGUUUCAUAACUAACCUUUUUUUUUUUGCGAAAACCACAGUGUUAUUAUGUUACUAUUUUAUGUGAUUUACAUUAAAUUAGCAAACACCCAUUCCUAUGCAGUGGAGUUUUGAUAAUCCGACCUUUGGUAAUCUGAAAGUCCAAAAUCGAAAGUAGGAUAAAGUAAGAACAAUAAAUAGCUAUGUUAUUUAACACAGUUUAAGUUUUACUACUUUUUAAAGAGAGAGUGGAGGCGCAAUGCGGUAAAGUGCUUGUCUUUCGAAUAUGUGUUCCCGGGUUCGAAUCCUGGUGAAGACUGGGAUUUUUAAGUACGGAUCUUUGGGCGCCUCUAAGUCCAUCUAGAUGUAAUGGAUACCUGAUAUUAGCUAGGGCCACAUGACACCCUGGUUAACCGUGGAUCACAGAAACAGAUGAUCUUUACAUCAUCUGCGCUUCAGAUAGCAAGGUUUGAAAGGGGAACAAUAAUGUUAUACUUUACGAAACAUUGUGUCAUGAACAAAUCAGUAAUUCUUUCACAUAUUAAAAAAUAUUCAUUUAUUCGAAACAGGACAGCUCCCAAUUAUUUUUAGAAUUUGAGGGACACCGCUGUGUAAAAAAAAAAUUGAAAAUAAAAAAUAAAUAAAUAAAAGAACAUUAUCUAAGCCCUUUUUAAUGCAAUUUCUAAAAAUUGUAUAUGAAUUUAUUUUUUAGAAAUAUAGAACACUACACUUCGAGAUGAAUGACAUCAAUCAAUUCAAUUUUUAUUUUUAACAUAAAUUAUAAUCAUAUUUUAUUUCUAAUUGUGCAUGUGUUUAAUUUGUACUCUAUAAUAUCUAUAUUAUAUUUCAAUUUUAGCCUACCACUGACUGACACAUAGAUCAAGAGAGCUCUUAAACUGUCGUACUGAUCAGUAUGAAAUUUCGUACACAGGUUCCUUUAAAUUCCAAGGCGCUUCUUAAUAACCGGUUUUCUACAGUUUCGCAACAGUUUCGACAUUUCCCUAAAAGGCUGCAGUGUUUAUAGAAAGAUUUUAAAAUAUCACACAAAGUCUAUUUAUUUUUAAGAUGCCUUACGUACUUUCGCUUCCUGUUAAACGCGGUCUAACAAAAUACAUACUAAAAAGUCCUAAUAGUAUUAAAAGGUAAUUCUAUAUUCUUUUCUUAUGAUUCAGGGAUGUGGUUAAUAAGUUUAAAACUUUCCAUACAUGCUAUAUAUAGAUUCAAAAUCUAAAAAUGUUAGUGUUGAUCAAUCGGAUGAUCCCUUUAGACGCUGACUAAAUUAAAAAAAAAAUAAUCCUAAUAACAUUAAAAAGAUAAAUCUAGAUCUAUUGUUAUUUCGCUACGUUGAAAGAGGGUCAAAUAAACGACUACAAUUAAAAAAAUGAAAUCUGCUUGUAUUUAGAGAACAAACUACCAAAAUAAAUGUAGAAAGGGGAACGGGAAUGUGGAAGUCUAUUCGAAAUAUGCACGUCAUAGUCUAGGCCUGAAACUGAUGGUAUCAAGAAAUGUAUAAGGGGUCUAACACCAUGUAUUCCUUGCUUUAAAAUUAAAGGUUGCAAAAAAAAAAAAUAGGUUGCGGGGGGGGGGGGGUCAUCAUGGUCAAAAUAUAUAUUAUGGUUUGAAUUAAGAAGCCGAAGAAAAGUCAUAUGAGUGCGUAUAUGUGUCGAGGGCGCAUUAUAGAGCAUUAUAGAGCAGGUCUUUCCAAAUCAAGUCAAAAGUCUAUGUCGGAGAAAUUACGAUGGCCAGGUUAAACAAAAACAAAAUGGGUCUCCCAAUAUCGAAAGAGAGACAGAAAGAAAGAAGGGACGAAAAGCGGGUCCUGAAAUUUCAUUGUAACAGAUAAACCAAUUCACGAGCUCUAAAGGUAUGUAAUGUAUGUGCCCCUUUUAUUUAAAGUCAAUAAAAAAGGAAAGAAAGAAAGGGAGGAAAAUACUUACUAGCUAACUAGGUCCCAAGUUUGUGAUUUCGUUCUUCACAUUUUUCUAUAUCGAUAAACAUAAUUUUCAAAUUGUUUAAUUUACAUUAUAAAAUGAUACUAUCAUAUAUAUAUAUAUAUACAUUUAGCUUAUAAGAUACAAUUAUUACAUGAAAUUUUUUUAUAAGUAUAGAAAAAAAGCUUACAAAAAUAGAAGUACACUCCAUGUAUCAAGGUACUAAUCUGACACAUAAAAGACUAAAUGUCAAUAUUUUAAAGGUACUCAUUUUAAUAAUAUUUCAGAGGAAAGUUUAAUAUAUAGAUACAGCAAAUUUCUAAUAGACUAUAAAAAGUUUGUUUUCAACUAAAAAGCUCGUAACUAAUGUACAAGACACAAAUGCAAAUCACAUAAAACGAGCAAAAUUUAAUCUUUGUGCAAUUUGUAUACAUCUAUCGAGAUUAGUAGUUUCAUUAUUUUGUUAUGUUUUCUACUUACUUUUAUACUGCCAAUGCAUGACAAUAAAAAUAUUUCUUCAAAAGUAUAA